AUGCGGAAUAUCGCAAAGGGUUCCACUAAGGAGCCCAAGGCUUUGGACCGGGAGAAUGGCGACGGCAAUGUCGAGGUCAACGGGAACAACACGUACCACGCCGGCACUGCCGACGCCGAGUACGAUGAGCUGCAUGUGCAAUGUCCGCCGCACACCACGGAGCGGAAGAUCGUGACCCGCAUCGACUGGCGGCUGAUUCCCUUCCUCUGCAUCAUGUACCUGCUCGCCUUCCUGGACCGAGUCAACAUCGCCAAUGCGCGGUCUUUCUUCCUGGCCAGGGAUCUGCACCUCGAGAAGGUCGAGUACAACACCGCACUUACCAUAUUCUUCGUCCCCUAUGUCUUUUUCGAAAUCCCCAGCAAUAUUCUGCUCAAGCGGUUCUCCCCUCGGAUAUGGCUUCCGGGCUGUAUGUUGGGCUUCGGCAUCAUGUCCGUGUGCCAAGGACUGGUGCAGAACUACGCCGGCCUGCUCGCUACUCGUUUCUUCCUCGGCGUGUUCGAGACGGGCAUGUUUCCAGGAUGCUUUUAUCUCAUCGGCAUGUGGUACAAACGAAGCGAAGCCCAGAAGCGGUAUUCUCUCUUCUUCUCGUCAACCUCGCUGGCUGGUGCCUUCGGAGGUCUCUUGGCGUCUGCCAUAGGAAAGAUGGACGGCAUCCGCGGGUAUUCUGGGUGGAGAUGGAUUUUCAUCCUCGAAGGAAUUCUAACAUGCGUAGCCGCCAUCAUCUUUUUCUUCAUUUUCCCAUCCUUCCCGGAGCAAGCGAAAUGGCUCACUGAGGAGGAGCGAGCUUACGUGAAAGCACGUCUGCAAGCCGACCAAGGCAGUAGUGCCGCGGAACGCAAGAUCAGCUUACGGGACGUGGUAAACGUUAUGAAGGACCACCGAGUCUGGCUAGGUGGCUUCAUGUACUUCGGUCUGAUCGUCCCAGCCUACAGCUACGCGUUCUUCGCUCCGACAAUCAUCUCGACGUACAACUACAGCGCGAUCCAGACGCAGCUGCACUCGGUGCCGCCAUGGGCUGCCUCGUUCGUUUUCUCCCUGUUGUUGGCCACACUAUCCGAUUGGACACGCCACCGUGCGGCUUUUGCCAUCGUGCCGCUGGCUAUGACUGUGUCUGCUUUUGCUGUCCUGCUCACGGUCCACACCAACAAGACCGUGGAGUAUGCGAUGCUUCACCUCAUUACUAUGGGCACAUAUGGUGUUAUGCCCAUCAUCGUCUGCUGGUUCACAAUGAAUCUCGGAGGUCAUCAUCGACGGUCUAUCGGCACAGCCUGGCAGAUUGGGUUCGGCAACAUUGGCGGUAUCAUCGCCACAUACGCCUUCCUCGACACCGAUGCGCCUUACUUCCACAACGGCUACUCCAUCUGCCUAGGCUUCACGUGUCUGAGUGCCCUCGCAUCGACGCUGUACUUCAUCAGCAUUCGCAUGGAGAACCGCAAGCGGGCAAAGGCCGCUACCAACGUCGGCCUCUCCGGCUACGAGAAGACGGAGCUUGGCGAUCUGAACCCGGAGUUUAAGUACAUGUACUAA